AUGAAGGUCUCUACGUCCUUCUCUUUUUUCUCGGCAGCGGCUAUUGUAGCUGCUGUCAAUGCCAAAAGCUUUAGCAAAGUGGAACAAGCCAUUUUGAUUGAUCGUCACAAUUUUUUUCGUAGUACAGCCUUACCAUCGGCAGCCGCCAACAUGUGCCGCAUCAAUUGGGAUGGCGACUUGGCAACGAAAGCUUCUUCCACAGCGUCCAAGUGUUCGGCUACUACAGAAAGAGGUAUAAAUAUUCAUCAGUCAUCGUCCACCAACUCUCCGUCAAUUAUUGAUGAAGCAAUUCAGGAGUGGGUGGUUGAAACUGCAAUGGCAACGAUUAAGAAGAUGUCACAACCAGGUUCCACGGGUCAUCAUGUCGGUGUAGGGAUUUACAACUCGUACUCUCAAGUAGUUUGGGCAUCAACGACCAGUGUCGGUUGUGCAACGGCGAGUUGUUCAGGUGGAGAUAUAGUCGUGUGUGUCUACUCGCCACCAGGAAAUGAUGGAAAGUCUGCAUGGUACAAGCAUGGAGUUCAAGGGUCCGAAUGCCCCGAUGGAAUGGAAGCAGAACAUGGACUGUGCAUUACAAAAGGGGAUGAAGCCAACAAUCAGAUUGCAUCGAUUCCGGAAGGACAGUGGACAUAUCAAGUAUACCCGGCUUUUGUGGCGCAGAUGCAUACACUGCUUAUAACUUCUGCUCGAGAGCUGGCCAAUAAACCGAUAAGUGAAUCAACCGGUACGGACGCGGCGUCCCCAUCAGCGACCUCAGAAGAACAGGCCUUAUCGCCAAAGUUCUCGUCCGAGUCCUUUCCAGACAAAAGCAACUAUUCUCCAGGAGAAGUGGAGCUAAAAACUAGGACUCAUUCUACGAAUAAACUACACAAGGUGGUAACCAAGUCGGAAGAAACGGCGCUCGCUGAAACAGAAGAUAAUGAGCUUGCCGAAACAGAAGAUAAUGAGCUUGCCGAAACCGAAGAAACUGCGCUCGCCAAAAUGAAAAAUGCCAAUGAACAGGUUUCGGAACCGUCCGAAUCAUUGGUCAUUGGAAGUAUUGUUGGCAUGUACGUUUUGAUGGUGGCUACGGCGAUUGGUAUGAUGAUGUUUGUGCGUUCGAAAGGACGCCAGCAACAUGACAAUCAACUAAUUGUGGAUAAAGAACAUCACGCGGUAGAAGACAAGCAAAAUGUAGUACAGACAGAGGAGCAUCUUGCUCAAAAUAAGUCAAAAUUGGUAUUAGUAAAAGAUCAAAAGUUGGACCAAAAUAGCUACGACUGGACUAAAACGUAUGAAAAAUGGGACGGAUGGGAAGAUCCCGAAGAACUUGCAAGACAGGAACAAGACGCUCGUGAUCGCAGUGAACAUGCAACUAAAGCUCAAAUGGGCUGUAACCAUGACCAUUCGGCUGAACAAAAACUUAUGGACAUGACAACACAAGCAAAAUUAACACUUUGUAACGAGUUUCGAGUAUUGGGGAACCUCUUUUUCAAGCACGGUCAGUACCAGAGAGCUGCAUAUCAUUAUCAUAAAGCACUCGUGUACUUUGAGUACGUGUUUGCAGAUACAGAUGAAGAAGAAGCACAAGCGGAUAAUUUGAAGCUUAAAUUGCUGCUCAAUUUUGCAGCUUGUAGACUCAAGACCAUGCAUCUUGAUGAUGCUGUGCAUCACGCGAAUCAAGCACUUGAAAUUGAUCAGGAGAAUAUAAAGGCACUUUAUCGUCGUGCACAAGCUUAUAGGUUCAAGGACGAGUUUCAUCUGGCACAAGAAGACAUCGCGCGUGCAAUACAAUUGUCAAAAGCAGAGAAUAUGCUGCUAGAUUCAGUUUUGAUGCAAGAGAAGAAAUUGCUGCAGGCGAAAAUGCUCGCAUACAAGUUGCGGACAAAACAGGUAUCGAGUGCGAUGUUUGGUGACAAGAUGAAGGUGUCAGAAGGCGUUACGGAUGGAGAUGUUCCGGGGUUUCGUGAUCCUCAUGGCAGUGCAAUGACCCUCAAUUUGUCAAAGACUUCUGACCUGGCUGCAACGUCGUCACGUGAUGACUUUCAAUGUUUUAGCACGUGGAAACCUUCUACUCGAGGACUCAACGAACUGCAAACACUGAUUGCGAGGCUGGACAGCUAG